UCUCUCGAACCCCCGCCCACAUCUCCGCCGCAAGAUGGACGCCGCACUCACCCCCUCCCCGGCAGCCACGACCGACGAUGAGCUCGUCUACGAGUCCAUGCCCUGCAUCCGCAUCUACAGGAACCGCGUGGAGCGCUACCUCGGCUCCGAGUUCGUCGCCGCUUCCACGGACGCCGCCACCGGAGUUACCUCCCGCGACCGCACCAUCUCCCCUCAGGUCUACGCGCGCCUCUACCUCCCCCGCCUCGACGCGGCCGCCAAGCUCCCCGUCCUCGUCUACUACCACGGCGGCGGGUUCUGCCUAGGCUCCGCUUUCAACCCCAUGUUCCACGCCUACCUCAACAACUUGGUCGCGCUCGCCAACGUCCUCGUCGUCUCCGUCGAGUACCGCCUCGCGCCGGAGCACCCCGUCCCCGCUGCAUAUGCCGACUCAUGGGAGGCUCUCACCUGGGCCGUGUCCCACGUUGACGAGCCUUGGCUUGCCGACCACGCCGACUUCUCCCGCCUCUACCUCGGGGGCGACAGCUCCGGCGCCAACAUCGCGCACCACAUGGCGAUGCGGGUGGGCGCGGAGGGGCUGGCCCGGGGCGCCAAGAUCCACGGCCUCGUCAUGAUCCACCCCUACUUCCUGGGGAGCAACAAGGUGGGCUCCGACGACCUGGACCCCACGGCGCGGGAGACCCUAGCGAGCGCAUGGCGGAUCAUGUGCCCGACGACCACGGGGGAGGACGACCCGCGAAUCAACCCGUUGGUCGACGGCGUGCCGGGCCUUGAGGCCCUGGCAUCCGGCCGCGUGCUCGUGUGCAUUGCCGAGGGCGACGUGCUCCGCGACCGCGGCCGCGCUUACUACGACCGGCUGAGGGCGAGCGGGUGGAGCGGGGAGACGGACAUAUGGCAGGCGCCGGGAAAGGGGCACACGUUCCACCUCCUUGAGCCGUGCUGCCAAGAGGCCGUCGCGCAGGACAAGGUCAUCGCCGAGUUCCUCAACUGUUGACGACUCGCCGGUCGCCGGAGAAGAGACAACCGCAUAUUCUCUUCAACAUAUCUACUCGGGUUGGGAAAUAAGUGCAGCUUUAUCUUUCCGUUCAUGGAUGCUGCUUUUCGGUUUCAGAAUUCAGAUUUGUCUCAUUGUUGUU